CUCUCCUCCAUUUCACCCAUUUCUCCUAUAUAACUCAUUCCUGGACCCGUUGGAUGGUUUCUCACCACUGGGAUCAUACUGUAUUGUUAUUAUGCCCGCCGUUGGUGACCAACAUCGCGGUGGUCCGAAGAGCGUCAUGAUGCCCAACGCGACCGGUUCUGCUACGGGAAACCCUUUCGAGGAGCCCCAACGCCGCAUGAGCGAAUACACGGUCCAAGAAAUCGCCACCCUCCAAGCACGACUGGAUAAGAAACUCGGUCCUGAAUACAUCUCCUCGAGACCGGGUGCGGCUGGACAAAGGGUGCAUUAUCUGUCUGCUGACAAAUGCAUCAAUCUGGCGAAUGAAGUGUUCGGGUUCAAUGGCUGGUCCAGCUCGAUCCAGAAUAUUCAGAUCGAUUUUGUCGAGGAGAGUCAACAUACGGGCAAAAUCAGCUUGGGGUUGUCCGUAAUAGUCAGGGUCUCUUUGAAGGAUGGGACUUACCAUGAGGACAUCGGCUACGGUCACAUCGAGAACUGCAAGGGGAAAGCUGCGGCGUUUGAGAAGGCGAAGAAGGAGGGGACUACUGACGCUCUCAAGCGUGCGCUGAGAAACUUCGGUAAUGUCCUGGGGAAUUGCGUCUACGACAAAGAUUAUGUCUCAAAAGUUACCAAAGUGAAGCCUGUACCGGCAAAAUGGGACGUCGACGAGCUUCAUCGGCACCCCGACUACGCUCCAGUCAAAAAGGAACCCGUUCAACCUCGACCGGCUCCAGAGGAUGACGAUCUCCCCCCUCGUCCAGCGAAUGCUACAAGGAACAAUAAUUCCAAUGAUUCUGCAGCGUUUGAUGCUGACGGGGAAUUUGGAAGUGACCUAUUUGAUGAAGCUGAUUUUGGAGUUGCUACGAAUGGAAAUCCAGACGAGAUAGUAAUAGGCCCAGAAACCCAGAAAUUUCAACAACCACCCACACCCCUAAACGGACCAAAUGCCUACCGAGGACCCCAAGGAAACUAUGCUCGGCCCCCAGCGCGAUCCGACUCGGCGGUUGUGACACCUUCCAAACCAGAAAGACCUCUCCAUCAGGUGCCGGGCGCCAGGCAGAUUCCGGCGCCUGCCCUUAAUGCCAGAACCAAUUUCUCUGCGGCACCAAACCCGCAGCAAAACUUCCAAAACGCAAGGGCUGUGCCAGCACCAGGCCAGCCCAGACCCGUUCAACCCUCCGCAUUAGCUGGCACAGGUGGUCAAGUACCGGUCAAACGAGAACCGGGGUUAAUGUCCAACGAAACCAAACAACAAGACAUGCUUCCUCCCGGGAGCUCACCCGCUCCAUCGGCUGGCUUCUUUUCGGCUCGGGCAGUCGAUAUGAUCAGGGAUAACCCGAACAAUGUCUCUAAUGCCGCACCUGCUUUCGAUCCUCAUGCCGAAAGCCCGUCCAUUCGCAAAACGGCCGGCGUCGACCACACCAAAAGCGUACCAAUUUCCCGGCCCAUGCUGGCAGCGGCCUCGCCAGCUACGAACAAUACCCGUGACUUCGUGAACCCAUCUACAGACGCGCAUCGAAGAAUUGGCGCUCCUGGGGCUAGUGGAAUCGGUAGUCCCAUGAACAGGGGACCGUCAACUUCGUCCUAUCGCCCACUGACGCGACCCAACAUCGAUCCUCGCGCCGUCAACAACGCAGCAGCAGCAUCAAACGGAGCCAAUAUGGGGGCCCAGGGCUUUCCGCAGAAUAUGAAUGGCAAGCGACCUCCCCUAAGCGAUGUGACGAAUGCAACGCCGCCUGGCGGUAGCGGACCUGUUCCUGCUGGCAUUAGUGAUCCCAAGAGAGUAAAGAUGGCCGACGGUUCUACGACACAGCAACCGCCGCAGCAACCACCCCGUCAGCAAUGAUAGAAGUUGAUCGGAUGGAAAGAGAACAUACCCAAUGGCCGCGCUAUGUGAUGAUUGUCAAUUUUUCUUCGGUAUUUGAAUGGUGACUCGGCGUUCGGGAUACAAGGCAAAGGCAACGGAAAGGGAAUGGGUUUUCUUUUAUAGGAUUGUUGAUUUAAUUUGAUUUUCGUUGGCAUCGAUUGGCCUUGUGUCGCUUUUGCUCUCUAAUUUUUCCUGCUUCUUUACAUCUGAACUGUGUCC